AAGUUUCUGAGGCUAUGUAUGCCUUAGGCAAAGAUAUAACAGCUUGCGACCAAGUGAAGGAAAUCGAGAAACAAGCAACAUUAAUGUGUGGAUUGGGUAAAGAAUAUGCAGAUUUAGCGGAACAAACUGGAGAAGGAUGGCACUUCAACUACGCAACAGCCCUGUUUAAUGCCGCUCUUCAGCGCUUGAUGAAAUGUCAGGCUGAACAUAAGGUGAACUUGUUCGAUCGUGUUGAAUUUAUACAUAAUCAAUUGCAACAAUUAGAAACGAACUUUUUAAAAGCUGUCUGCAAAGAAAACAAAGAAUCUCUCACAGACUGCAUGAAAAGAUAUAAGAGUAUUUUGAAAGAUAUUCGAAAAUAUUCUACAGAGACGAUAGAAAAUAUCCACACCGAAGAUAUGAUAUUUGACAAUGAGACGUUUGAGAUGAGCAAAGAAACCCAAAUAAGGACAAUUGCAAACAGUAAGACGUACUAUGAGACUCUCACUGAUAAAAUCAUAGAUUUACACGCGCUCAUGAUAAAUGAUUGCAUUUCAGUUCUAGGUCAUCCUGACUGUAAGUUUUCAAUAUUAGGUUUGGGUUCUCUAUCUCGGAAAGAGGUGACUGCAUGGUCUGACCUCGAGUCAGCAGUCUUAUACGAUGCUACUGGUAAGACAGAGGGGGAAAUCGAGCUUUUAAAACGCGAUUUUAGAAUUCUUGUUCAUUAUUUCCACAUGAAGGUUAUCAAUCUCGGCGAAACACUGAUCAACGGCUUGGAUAUCCCCGUUCUUAACGAUUGGAACAGUAGACUCCCUAAAAGGUUUAAAGAUAAUGAUUUCUGGGAUAAAAUAACCCCACAAGGACUCUGUUUUGACGGUACACAGCCAAAGGCAAGUAAGAUACCAUUUGGUAGAAGGUCUACCAAGAACCCUUCAAAACAACCUAGUUUAGAAUUGAUAAUGACCCCGGAUGAAAUGUCUGAAUGUCAGAUUGAACAAGUCUCCCUUAAAGAAGGCUAUCAUCUCAGUGAUGUACUGUUAACAUCUACCCUCAUCACAGGAGAUAAAUCAUUGUGGAAAGAAUACAAUGACAAGGUUCACGAAAUGCUUUUCUCUCGUUCAACGAUUGAUCCAAAUAUGUCUGUGGGUAGAAAAAGGGGGUUAGAAACAUUGAGGGAAGAUUUACAAAGUUAUCUUACUAAACCUCUUACACCAGAGUCAUUCAAUAGACAAAUGAAAACAAAACACAAUAUCUACCGAUUUGCAACCAUAUCUAUAAACACUCUUAAAUUGUUGCACCAUUGCAAAUGUUUUGCUCCCCUUGAUAUCCUCAAUGAGUUAGGGAAAAAGAAAGUACUAAGUGACAGAGCUAAAACAGAUUUACAGUUCAUGGUUUGUGCUGCCACGAACAUGCGUCAUCUAGUUUACGGAAGGUAUGGUCAACAACGGGAACUGGUAUCUUUUGUAAACAGACCAUCAAAAGAAGAAUUGAUCGGAGCCCUAGACACUAUGUCAGUUAGAGAUUAUGCACCAGUUAUUUUCCGGUUCUAUGCAACUCUAACAUCAUGGACAGACUUUUUGUUGUAUAACUUCUGUUUUAAUGAUAUUUCGACGUGUACUCACGCGUCCCAAUAUGCAGAUAGCAAUUCCGAGGUGACUGCGAAAGUACAAGAGAAAAUGUAUAUGUUCCAAAGUGCAAUAAAUUCUCUCGAACGCCAAAGAAGCAAACUUCCCCUUAAUAACGCGGAGAGUAAGAAAAAAUUCCGUGAUAUUCAACUCCAUUUAUCACAGUUGUUUAUUUCACAGGGAAAGUUCAAUGAAUCCAUAAGGCAAAUCGAAAAAGAUGCAUCUGAAGAGAAUGAAGAUACUUCAUCGACACUAAACACACUUGCAACUGCACAUUUUCAUAAAGGUGAGCUUGACAAAGCGAUAAAAUAUUACAACGAGAGUCUUGCCAUGCUGAGAACAAUACACGGCAAAAAUCCUCAUCCUGACAUAGCAUCUGCGUUGGGUAAUCUUGGGUUCGCUUAUGACAGUAAAGGUAAGUUUGAUAAAGCGAUUCGAUAUCACAAAGAGAGUCUUGAAAUGCAGCAAAUAAUACACGGUAUUUGUCCUCAUCCUAAUAUUGCAGCUACAUUGGGAAAUCUUGGUUCAACUUACGACAGUAAAGGUGAGUUUGAUAAAGCGAUUCAAUAUCACAAAAAGGGUCUUGUCAUGUUGAGAUCAAUAAACGGUAACCAUCCUCAUCCCGAGGUAGCAACUUCAUUGCUUAAUCUUGGUAACACACAUACCCGAAAGGGUGAGUUUGAUGAAGCAAUUCAGUUGUACAAGGAGUGUCUUACAAUGCAGAAAACAAUACACGGUGAUAAUCCUCAUCCUGAUAUAGCAUCUUCCUUAAGUAAUCUUGGUAGCGCAUACAAAAGUAAAGGUGAGUUUGAUAAAUCGAUUCAGUAUCACAAUAAGAGUCUUGCUAUGGAAAGAACAAUACACGGGAACAAUCCUCACCCUAACAUAGCAUCUACAUUAGGGAGUCUCGGUUGCGCAUACGAGAGUAAAGGUGAGUUUGAUAAAGCGAUUCAAUAUCACAAAGACUGCCUAAUAAUGCAGAGAACGGUACACGGUGAUAAUCCUCAUCCUGAUGUAGCAUCUACAUUGGGGAAUCUUGGUAACGCAUACAGAAGUAAAGGUGAGUUUGAUAAAGCGAUUCGAUAUCUCAAGGAGAGUCUUAAAACGCAGAGAACAAUACACGGCAAUCAACCUCAUCCUGACAUAGCAACUUCAUUGGGGAAUCUUGGUAGCGCAUAUGACAGUAAAAUUAAGUUCGAUGAAGCGAUUCGAUAUCAUGAAGAUAGUCUUGCCAUGAAGAGAAUAAUUCACGGUAAUCGUCCUCAUCCUGGUAUUGCAUCUUCAUUGUUAAAUCUUGGUAACACAUACUGUAAGAAGGGAGAUCACACUCAGGGUUUGCAAUGUUAUACACAGUGCCUCAUCAUGCAGAAAAAGAUCUACGGUGAUCAACCUCACACUGAUAUGGCAGGUGUUCUAGGUAACAUGGGUAAUAUAUGUAGUGAAACAGGGGACAACGACAACGCUUUAAAAUACUAUUACGAGAGUCUCGCCAUGCAGAGAAAGAUCUUUGGUAAUCACCCUCAUCCGAUCAUAGCUUCCACAUUUCACAACAUCGGUAAUGUAUAUGUGGCUACACACAGGUACGCGGAGGCACUCAUGUACUUUUAUGAAGCGCGCGAUAUGUUGAAGUUGAUAUUCGGUGAUAAUCCUCAUCCUGAUUUCCAAACCGUAUUACAAGCUAUUAACUCGACAGAAGAAAUAUUGACGAGAUGCAUGUUCGCGGCAAUGCUGGUGUAG